ACUUCGUGUAGUGUUACAUUUCACUUGGUGUAGCCCCUUGGAGGGUUGGUUUCGAGACUCUUCAUGGUUGGGGACUCUGUGUUGGUGUACCACCAACCUAGACCUCGGCUCUUGGGGUAUGUAGAGGCUGGGAACCAUCUCCCUCUCGAACUCUUCUUGCUAAGUUUGUACUUCCAAGACUAUAAUAGUUAAGCAAGAGAUGGUCAGUGGGAUACGUGUCAAGGGGGAGCCCAAUGAGGUGCUUGGCUGUCCAACAUGCAUGCAAGCCAAGUUCACCCGCUACCCGUUCCAUAGCUCGGAGACAACGGCGAAGGCACCACUUGAUGAGGUGGUGAUGGAUGUGGUGGGCCCCUUGAAGCUUGGAGCUGCUGGAGCUGCGUACUUCCUCACCAUUGUGGACGUCUACACUCGCAUGACUUGGGUGUAUGUGCUGCCGAAGAAGAGUGACGUAGCUGAAACGGUGAAGACCGAUUGGUUGCCGAUGGUGGAGCGGCAACAAGACCGACUUGGUGCUAUUGCAUUGGCUAAGAAUCCCAUUCUUCAUGGCCUUACCAAGCACAUGAAGGUGAAGUGGCAUUGGGUGAGGAGCAUGGUAACCGCGGGUGAAGUGGAGUUGCACUACGUGAAGACGACGGCGCAGCCUGCUGAUAUGAUGACCAAGAGGCUGGUUGAGCAGCAGCAUUGGAAGUGUUGCAAGCUUUCUGGGAUGGCUCUGAACUAAGGGGAGCAGAUUCUAAGGCCAACAAUCCGAGGGGGAGUUUGUUGGUGCAACCCUAUGGCUUGCACUCGGCUUGUCGUCCUUGUUUGUGUGUGUGCAUGCAUGGCAUGGAAUGAAUUGUGAGUCUAUGUCAUUGCUAUCCAGUGCUUGUGUGUGUGUUUGAAUGGUGUAUCACAAUGUGGUUUGUGUCGGUCAAGACAUUAGCGAGUUUUUACAACUCGCAUGUCAAGUCGUCGUUUGUGUGUCGCAU